GGCACCCGGAAGCGCGAGCGGACUUGCCGCGCCGAGCCGGGCCGGCGGGGACAGUACCGGGAGGCGCGCGCCGCCGGGGCCGGGCAGGCUGUGCUCACAGGUGGGCAGCUGCGGCGUGGGCACGAUCCAGCGGAGCCCGGGUCCCCGACUCCAGCUGUCACGUCCGGAGCCCCGCGGAGUUGAGAUCGAGAGACGCAUCCGCGCCGGUGGUGGAGUAGAGGCUUUUCCCCUCGGUCUCCGCCUCUUUCGCUGCAGCCGCACCUCCGUCGGGAGAGCAGGUAACUUCCCUUCCAAGGUCAUUCUCCAAGCGGGGCGGCGCUUGAGGCCCGCCCACGUCCUCCAGUUUGACAGGGGCGGUGGAGACGCGCUCAGCGGGAGACUGGACGGCGACCUCGAGGCUGCCGGGGAACCUGGUGCCGUUCCCCCAGCCGGUUGGCGGCUCCAGCGGCGGGGCGCGUUCGCUGGUUGAGCAAGCACACGCUUCGCUGCUCCCUGCACCCCCGGGGCGUUGACGUUCAUCAGAGAGAGGCGUGGAUGUAUUUACAAGAUAUGAGUUGGGUUCUUUCCACCUUUACCUUCUGAGGGCUGCAUACUCCUCAUGGUGACAGGUGCAAGUCACAGCACAGAAGGGCAGUCAGUAUGAAGUCAGUGAAGAAAAAGAAAACCGAAGAACCUGAAUUGGAACCCCUGUGCUGCUGCGAAUACAUAGAUCGAAAUGGGGAAAAGAACCACAUGGCUGCUUGUUUGUGUGAUUGUCAAGAUCUCGAUGAAGGGUGUGAUAGAUGGCUUACAUGUAAAUCAGUGCAGCCAGAGACUUGUGAAAGAAUCAUGGAUACAAUUUCUGAUCGCCUCCGAAUUCCAUGGCUUAGGGGAGCCAAAAAAGUUAACAUUAGCAUCAUUCCUCCACUCAUCCUUCUGCCUGUCUUCCUUCACGUGGCUUCCUGGCAUUUCCUCCUGGGGGUGGUGGUUUUGACCUCCCUUCCUGUGCUGGCACUGUGGUACUACUACCUCACUCACAGAAGGAAAGAACAGACUCUGUUUUUCCUGAGCCUUGGACUGUUCUCAUUGGGCUACAUGUACUAUGUGUUCCUGCGGGAAGUGGUUCCCAGAGGGCGUGUGGGGCCCACUCGGCUGGCUGUUGUUACCUGUGGGUUAUUUCUGAUACUCCUAGCCUUGUACAGAGCCAAGAAGAAUCCAGGCUACCUCAGCAAUUCAGCAAGCAAUGACAAAUCCUUAAGCAGCAGCCAAAACGAAUGUCUGAGCAAAAAAGGGCAGGAAAAGACCAAAGGGUUCCCUGGAGCUGACAUGUCGGGCAGUCUCAACAACCGCACACUGAAGGAUGAUCUUAAGGGCUCCUCCAGGAUGUUGGCCAGUAGCCCCACCAAGGUGAAGGAGGACUGGUGUGCCAAGUGCCAGCUGGUGCGACCAGCCCGGGCCUGGCAUUGCCGAAUCUGUGGCAUCUGUGUAAGGAGAAUGGAUCAUCAUUGUGUCUGGAUAAACAGCUGCGUUGGAGAAUCAAAUCAUCAAGCAUUUAUUCUUGCCCUUUUGAUCUUCUUGCUCACUUCGGUGUACGGGAUAAUGCUGACUUUGGAUACUAUUUGUAGAGAUAGAAGUGUCUUCACUGCCCUUUUUUAUUGUCCUGGAGUUUAUGCAAAUUACAGCUCGGCCCUGUCUUUCACCUGUGUAUGGUACUCUGUGAUCAUCACAGCGGGUAUGGCCUACAUCUUCCUGAUCCAGCUGAUAAAUAUCAGCUACAAUGUGACCGAGAGGGAAGUCCAGCAGGCCCUUCGACAGAAGACGGGGCGCCGGCUCCUCUGUGGGCUCAUCGUGGACACAGGCCAGUACAAUAGGGGCUUCCUGCGGAACUGGCACCAGUUCUCCACCCUGGGCACACGUGCAUUCCACCACCCUGCCGAGGACAUCGUCUGAAGUGCCUUCUGUGUGGCUCUGCGGGGUGGCUCCUCCCUCCAACUCCUUUCCAUUUUACACUUCAGUGUCCAUGCAGGAUGUUCAUUUUUAUCCCCAGUUUCUUACAGGCAUUCUAGGGCCAUGCUCAGGUUUGGAUACUGGACUGGAGUGAAAUUAAUUUUUCUGACUUCACAACAUAAGAGAUUUUUAUAUUGAAGCAGUAAAAGCCGAGCCAUUCUUUUCCAGUCACCUUACUAAUUGACGGAAUCACCAGAGAUUGAAAAGGAUAUGGAUUGCUAAUGCACAAAUUAAUAUAAGCAAUUCUCAUCCUUUAGCAUGGGAGAAGGAGUUUUGGAUUAGGAGAGCUUCUAGUCCCUUUUCAAUUUUUAAUAGCCAUGUGACCUUUAGUUGAGUCACUUUCCCAAGUCUCAGGUUCAUCUGUAGCAUGGGGUACUGAUGCCUGCCUUGGCUACUUCACAGAGCCGUCAUGAAGGUCACAGGUGGGUCAUGCAGGGGUCACGUGAGGAUGAGGGAUGUGGAAAACACUAUGAAACAAAGUACCUGGAUAUGUGAAAUGUUAUUAGGAAAAUCCCAAGACUGAAGAAAAAUGUUUGUAGUUCAGAAUACUGUAGCCAAUAUUAGGGUAAUCGGUUUUCAGCAUAUAACAUUUUGUACAAUUAUGGGAAUUUCUCCUUAAGUAUUAGACAUUAUCUGCUCACACGGGAUAGGAGAUGAGAUGAACUGACUCUGGUCAUCUGAUCUUAAAAGGACAAUUGAUCACAAUGAUAAAGAUAGUAUAAUGUGUACUGGUCAUGAGUAAGGAAAUGAGUUAUUUUUAUUUUUUUAUGUGUUGAAUUUACUGUAACAAACUUCAAAAGGCAUUGAUGUUUUUUCCUCUUUCUGUGUUUCACCUGGUAAGGUGCUAGCACACAUGAUGGUGGCUGGAAGAGGAACAGACACUCUUAUGGGUACACGCUAUUCUCUUUCCUGGUAGGGAGACUAAUUAAUAUUAAGGGCUUGGUUUGUUGUUGUUGUUGUUGUUGUUCACAUAUGUAUUUUAAGCACUGUAACUUUAUAGCACCAAAUUGCAAAAACCAGUCAUGUGGCAUUCACAUUAUUCUGUUAUUACUGUCUUUGAGAAGUUGAUUGAUACCUUCCCACUUACACAUUACUUUCCAUUCACUCUUUACUACAUAAAGUAUCUCACUAGGAGAGAAAAACAGGGUAUAUGUGGUUUCCACUCAUUAAUGGAUUACUGUUCUUCCCUCAUUUUCUCCAGAAUAAUAAAUUGUUUCUUUAAUUAUAUCUCAAAACUGAAAAUGUAUAAGAUGGAAUAUUUAUGUAGAAUGGGUCAUUCUGCCAUAGAAUUAAGAGUGAGUUUCAUAUAAGGAAAAUACACUCUUGAAAUUUUUGGUUUUAUACAUGUACCAUUCUGCAAUCCCAAAGAUAAUUCUUGAGUCCUUAAAUUUGCCUUGGCUUAUUGCUUAAUAUAGGGGAAAUAUUGCUAGCUUUUUCCAUCAGUCUGUGCAUGCUGCUUUAGCAAUAGAUUUGUACAUGUUGAGAGGAAAUACCACUUCCUAUAAUUCCGGGUAGCACCAUCCCUAGUCUUGUCAUUAGUUGGGAUUCUCCUUAAGACAUUGUCAUUAUGUUUUUAUUCAGGCAUGUCAUUGCUCUCCCCAGAGAUAGAUUGUUUAACAAAUGAUAGGCUCUGCUUUCCACUAGGAUGAGCCAAAGAACCAGCCUGGGGAUGCCAGCAGACACUGUGGUUUUUACAGUGAUGCCCUCUCUCUGGCCCAGAGUCAAAUAUUCAUUUAGAAUUAAAGUUGGCUCUGAUAUAAAUAAUUUCUUUCUGUGCAGGUUUGAGAUUGAGAGCUGGUAGUAAUGUCAAAGACAGCAUUAUGUGGGCAGAAAUUGGUAGUUCUCAUGCAUCUCAAACCACAGCUAAAUAGCCAACUCUGAUUAUCUCACAAUUGAUAACAAAAAUUCAUAUACAUUAGUCAUUUAUAGUAGCUCACCAAAUCAUGAACAACAAUCGAAAUGUGAGCUGGGCACAGUGGCACACGCUUGAAAUCCCAGCAGCUUGGUAGGCUGAGACAAGAGGAUUGCAAGUUCAAAGCCAGCCUCAGCAAUUUAGCAAGACCCUGUCUCAAAAUAAAAAAAUUAAAAGGGCUGGGGAUGUAACUCAGUGGUGAAGUGCCCCUGGGUUCAAUCCCCCAGUACCAAAAAAUAUAAUGAUGAGUAGUACAAAAAGACCAAAGUCAUCAGGGAGAAUCAGGAAUGAUCACUAUCUCUGUGACUGCUCACUCCUAACAUGAUUACCUGGAUGAGGCAACUCGGUUUCUUUUACUUGGAUGGGAACUGCUUAGAUAUUAUUCUGGCUUAUUGGAAUUAAGAUGCUUGUUUUAAGUUCCUUAAGAACUCAUGAUUGUCAGUUUACUGAAGAAAGCUCAAACCUGUAAAAAGAUCAUUGGUUUUUGUGGAGUAAAAAAGCCUUCUGAAGUGUUUGUACCAAGAGGAGCAGCAAACGAGGGGCUGAUGUGCAGUGUUUCUGCAGUCUGCAAUAUCCUUGCUCUUUGCUUGUAGACUUUUGAACCAUUUUAUAAUCUGGAGCCACCUAAGGGAUUUCAUUAUAGGCCUUGGUUUCCUCUGGACGGCAGGAGAAUUUAUUGUGGAGGGAGUGUUUGUAAGGACAAGGCCUUUGCAUGAGUCACCCCAGAGAAAUAUCUGGUGGUGGUGGCAGUGGAGAAUUGCCCUGCAAACCUGUAUCCCAGCAUUCCGUUGGCCAUAAGAACAAGCCUUCUUUCCCCGACCCCCAUGUUAUUCUAAAGAAGCAGAUCCCCUUCUGGUUGCCACACAUCCCUAGACUCUAUUAAGAAACAUUCUGGAUGUGAAGCUUAAUAAAUUACCCAAUAUAUUCUGGCCACUUACAUAAUUAUCACACCACUGUGUACUUUCUUGAGGAAGAGGAAUGAGUCCAUUUGAAAGACUCAAGGGACAAAUAGUUAAGGGCCAGAAUUGGACAAAAAGGAGAAAAUCCUUCAAUAUUUAAAUGUUGCUUAGGAUACCCACAAAAAACUCUGUGGUUCUAGCUGGGUGCUUCUUUGAAAUGAGCAGAAUGUUAACAAUGCCUCUUUGGUAGAUUACUCCCAUGCUGCUAAAGCAAAGCCUUAAGUGUGUUUUUGGGAUAGUGUGCUGCUUGUUUCACCUUGGCUAUGUUUGUGUCUGAAUUUGGGAUGUUGUAAAUCUUUGCUAUCCGCAUACUAUUUUCCUUUGGUGAAUGAAGUGAUUGUUUUCCACUGUGCCAUCUGCCUAGAAGUAAGAUUGCUACAAACUUUCUCUUAUGCAAUAGUCCUUGGUACUUCUAAUGUUUUUAAAAAGAGAAAAUUUUCUAGGCUAGAAUCUUUCACUGCCAGAAAACACAAUGCCAGUAAGAUUCUAUGUAAUACUGACUUAUUUCCUUGGUUAGGACAUUAGCUUUUUAUUGUGUAGCUCAAUUAAUAGAAGCAAAAAUAUGACACUAGAAGCACAGUUUUAACCAGGAUAUUUAAAAAUCAAUGUUCUGUGAGGUUUAAGGAUCUCUGUAAACUAGGUAAAUAGGUUUAUAUGAAUUCAUUUUAGCCAUAUUUCGGUACCCUACAUUUUGAAGAGAAGAAUUUUCUCAAAUAAGCAGUGGAUGGUAAGAGUCUUUUGCUUGAGGCACCCAUUUGGGAUCCAGUGUUCUCAGCAGCAGCUUGACAAGUGUGCCAUUUUAUAUCCAGCACUGCAAAGGUGAUGCCAGGGAGAAUCAAAGCCAUGCCGAACUUUAUACUGAAUAAGGCUCGUAUGCUCUUGUGGAUGUUUGCUGUGGUUAAUAUACACUCUUUGCAGAGUCAACUAAGUGUAAGCCUGUUGCUAGUGCAGUUACCCACACUCUGGCCGGCUCUAAGUGUUUCCCUGGAGUACCAGCAGUAGGCCACAGACUAAAUGGUUAAUGGAGACACAUUUCUUAGAGGCUGUGUCCAUCUCCAAAUUGGGCUUGUGACUUACUAGGGCUCUAACCUUCAAAUAGCACCUUUAACUUCUAGAAAUUAAUAUUUAUAAGGCAAAGCUUUAAAACCCCAGCUAGUCUAUUCUAAUUGUUGAUGUAACUGAGGUUCUAUGUUUCUUUAGCUGGAUCCACAGACAAGAUGCCAUGUUACAGAGCUUUUAAGCUCAACUUGUGAUCCUUUUAUCUGAUUUGAUGGUUUGAGAUGUUUGGGGCCGCUUCAUUUGAUUACAUUUCUGGGCCUGAUGUUGGACUAAAGGAAACCCAGGAAUACUUACCUAAUAUUAAAAAUUCAAUAUUUAAUGGAACUGGCCCAACAACAUUAAAGGGAAUUUCUGAAGCCAAGCUGGAGGCCAUGGGCCAUAUAUUGCACUGUUUUUAUACCUGUAUUCUUAUCCUCUUAACCACCUCAGAAUCAGACACAAGGCCUUUUAAAUGGAGAUUUUACAAAUUACUGCCAUUUGUGUAAAUUGAUGUCCUGUGACCAAGUUGUUUAAAUGGAAAAUAAAGUGCUUU